AUAUAACAGGUAUCUAAGCUAUACGAUUCCAAUUCUUGUGUUCGUAAUUACCUCUAUGACUACCUAACCUGAUGUGGCUUUUGAAUACGGAGACACUUACCCUCAAAUACUUCAACGAGGCUCAACUGAAGGGGCUUUCGUUUGCGAUUCUCUCCCACACAUGGGGAUCUGAUGAGAUCCUUUUCCAUGAGGUACAAGGAGAUCGGGCAGCUCUGCAGGACAGAGCGGGAUGGAAAAAGCUGACCAGCUUCUGUAAGACAGCGCUGGCAUAUGGCUUCGGGCAUGGAUGGAUGGACACAUGCUGUAUCGAUAAGCGUAAUAGCGCCGACGUCACAGAAGCAAUCAAUUCUGCGUAUAUGUAUUACUAUGACUCCGGCGCGUGCUUUAUCCACCUCGAAGACGUGCACAAGUAUGCAGAUGAAGCAACAGGCUCGUCAGGAAGAGCAGAAGUGACUAGGGAUCAGCUUCUUGCCAGAGUACGGACUACACGCUGGAUAAGAAGGGGAUGGACGCUGCAAGAAUUUAUCGCUCCCAAACGACGAUACUUUUUUGCCUCCGAUUGGUCUGACAUUGAAGACGGAGACAAUUUACUCGACGCCCUUGCUGAAUCAACUAGGAUAAGCAUAGAUCUACUGAAGGAUAGGGAUCUUCUCGACGGUUUCUGUACUGCGGAGCGGAUGAAAUGGGCAUCUAGACGAGAGACAACACGAGCCGAAGAUGUCGCGUAUUGUCUAAUGGGUAUGUUCAAAGUCAACAUGCCAGUCCUGUACGGCGAAGGGGCACAGAACGCCUUUAGAAGAUUGCAACGGGAAAUUAUGCAGUUCUCUUUCGACAUGACCAUAUUCGUAUGGUACGGAGACUAUGAGAGCAGCGGACUUUUGGCUCAGUCGCCUUCUGACUUUGCAGACACUCCCCUUUCGAGCUUAUGGCCACCGUGGGAUGCAUCGGCAUACUCGCUGACGAAUGCUGGGCUUUCUAUCUCUCUUAAUAUUAUCAACCAACAGGAAAUCGGCGAGUACGGAUGCUGCGCAAAAUCGGAUGGCAACAUAUUACUUGCAACCUUGCAGUGUGAUGUCCUGACGCCAGAAGGACAAUGGGAAGUCCCCGUGAUUUAUCUUGAGCCAGUGAUGUCUGCGAACACGGCCAGGGGUAGAAGAUGGAAAACUUAUCGGAGGAUUCGAUGCGCAGAGCGUAUAACCCUACCUCCAAAACUAGUUGAGGGUGGUCAUUAUGAGGAUCUCGUUGUUCUACAGGAUGAACAGUAUGAAUUUGUACGCCGAGCUAAAGAAAAACAUAUACCGUCAAGUGGUAUGGCUUCUCGAAUGGAUUUAACGAUGUAGGCUUUUUUUUUUUUGCGAUAUGGCAUGAAGGAGGUUGCGGCGUUGGUCCUCACUUCAUUUUAGGUACUCUUCCAGCGCAAUAGCGUAUUUCGACAAACGCGCUAUUCCCGAGGAGGCAAUAUUGGUUACUCUCAUAGGUUAAGCGCUAGUACCUGAGCUAGCACUUCUAAAACGGCUAGAGCUACAAGACUAGAAGGAUUUAAAUCUCCAGAAUACGAGCGGGACCACCUGGGAGGUCUUGUCAAUCGGGAAUCGGCAACCGGGAACUUCCAUCACAACCUUAUCAGAAGGUGUGACAUGCGGUCGAACUCUACCCUAAGAUACCUACCUAAGGUACAUGUAGACUUCGUAUAUCUUAUCUAAUUCAAUAUUACCACUCCAUCCGACCCAUUCGCGUUUGUCAGUGACUUGGCUGUCGCUUGGCAAUGAGAAAAAAACAGGCGAACGCUUAGAGGUUAAGUAGGCCAUGUGCAUCCGGUAUUUGUAAGUAGA